AUGAAGACGUUCGCCAUGCUGAAGGACAGCGCGGCUGCUAGAGCAUUAGACGACUUAAUCGAGAAUCAGGCCAACUUUGCAUCGCGUUCGGCCUUGAAAAGCGUGCUACAUGACGAAUGGCGCGCAUCUGCUGGUGGUUACGGUACAGAUAAACGCUUCAUGAAUGAAAGAUAUCAGAUCAUACUUGCCGGUUCAUCCUCCCAUUGGCGCUUUCCUGUCUUGUCUGCCGAAGAGUCUAUGAAGCUGAGAAUCGCGACCUAUAGGUCCUCGCGAAUGACAGAAUGUGCCAACGGCCGUAUGAUCGUGCUCCUUGAGCUCCGAACGGAUGCGUCACCAAAUGAUGGUAUUGCGUGUCGACUGACUGCAAGCAGAAUCUUCGCGGUCGAUCAUGCCAUCAAAGUGACCUGUCUCCUCAUCGCUGUCACGUGGAAAACAAGUCGACCACGACACCUCAUGUUCCCCCAAGAAAGGCUUUUGAGGCCUCCAGAAGGCGUUGAAGGCCCAAAGGAGAGAGAGCGGGAAAACGGCGAAGGUGGGAGCAUGAAGCUUGAGCUAGCCAAUCUUUGCUUGAUAUGUUCCAUGCUGCAUGUAACUUAUGACUUUGGGUGUAGUACGGGAAAACGUGGCCGCGAAAAGAUGGAACGGUUGACUGCGACGGCGUUCGUGGACCGCUCAUCACCCAUUUGGACUGAGAAGAUAUUCUACCAUCCUGGUUCAGUGGCCGAUGAAGACGUCGAUCGUAUGGCAGCGGACUACUACAUGAAAAAUUCCAUACCUACCGAUGACAAUCAGAUUGAAGGUUCGGUGGUAGAUCACAAAGGACUCUACUCAUUAUCCUACAUCAUCUGCAAGGAAGCCGAACCUCUGAGAUCUCUCGAACUCGAACCUACGGCAAACACUACCUUGGAAACGAAGGCUUUUGCCUUUAAAUGUCUUUGGUUUCAAGCGCAAGACAGCAACGCACCAGAAGAAGAAGAAUUGGCAGCUUCUACGCUGACCAGCAGUGAUCCAUCAAGAUCUCCAACGAUAUCGAACGGCGCUUCACUAUUCUCCUCCGGGACCACGCUGAGUUCGCCGUUCACGCCUCGCACUGCUAUGCUGCUAUUUACUCAUCUGUUCGAGUUCCCGGGCAUCGCGGUUUCCUCUUUUCGUUUCAAGGGCAUAGAUCAAUAUUCUAAUGCAGUGGAUGCGACGGAGAUGGUUAAACGUAGGGCACUGGCCAGGCAUUUAGGGCUUGCGGAACCUUCGGUUACGUGGCCCCUUGUUUCACACACGCGACGCCGCUCGUUAUUCUGGUUGUCAUAUUGCAGAUCUUCUACGAUUUUUGAGAAGCUGGUAAGGACCGCAUUCUGGUCUCCGAUCCGGUUCUCGUAUUACUACCGGCGCAGCUUGAGCACACCAAUACCACGGAACCCGCGUAGCCCCGCACGAGACCGCCUUGGUAGGCGCUUCGCUCGGCUACCCCUUGGGCAGCACCUGCCUGCCUCUGCCUAA